UAGUCAGCGCUGCUGCGCGCAUAUAGCAAAGUAGGGCUGGCAUAUUGUUAAUAUUAUUAGUUAAAUACGACACUUAGAGAGUAAAAAUUUUCGAAUUCAGAUUUUAAACACACGUGCAUGUUUCUGUAUGGUGUUGUACAACAAUGUCAUAACUGACAGUAGUUUAAAAUCUCGUUUGCGGAAAUGCAAGAUUGUGGGCGGAUCAGCUAAUGAAUGCGCUUCUUCAUAACAAAAAGAGGAAAAAUCACGAAUUGUCAACUGGAGGCUUCGCACGACAGCGACUUCAGAGGGACAUGCGUGAUAUAAUGCUGUAGAGUCAAAACUUCUCUUGUUUCUGCUUUCCUUCUGAAUUCCCCACAGGUCUGCUCAUCAUGGCGACAUCUGCUGGAGACAGCAGUAUUCUCGAGGAGGAGCUGACGUGUCCAGUGUGUCUGGAUCUUUACCGCGAUCCCCACCUGCUGCCCUGCGGUCAUAACUUCUGUUUGCCGUGCCUGCGCAGACUCAAGAGCCGCUCCGACCACGGCCGCCUGCGAUGCCCAGAGUGCCGACAUACUCACCGCAGCUCCGCCAACUGGCAGAAGAACUUCAAACUGGCCAACAUCGCUGACGGUUUCCGCCGUCGCGGCCAGUCAGAGCGCUCCACCCAGAGCCGGAGCGACCCGUCUCACAGACCCACCCAGGUUCGCUGUGAUUACUGUCCCGAGGAGCCUAGCGAAGACGGGAAGGGUCCAGUGGCGGUUAAAACCUGCCUGAAGUGUGAAGUGUCCAUGUGCCCGAAGCACGUUCAGCCUCAUUUGGAGCUGCCGGCGUUCAGAGAGCAUCCGCUGGUGGAGCCGCUCAAUGACAUGAGGAAGAGGAAGUGUUUGGAGCACGACGAGAUGUUCCGGUACUAUUGCCUGGAUGAGCGCUUGUUCCUCUGUAAUGCCUGCACCAUAGAGGGAACACACUGUGGACACUCCAUCAAAACGCUGAAGAACACCAUGAAAGAUUUUAAGACCCAUCUUGACAUUCAGCUGCACAAGACUAACAGAAAGAUCCUUAAGGCAGAAAAAACCCGACUGGAACAAAAAGAGAUUGAACAGCACAACAAGGCCUACCGGGACGACACAGACCAACACCUGGAUGCUUUCCGAGAGACUUCUAUUGCACAUCUGGAUGCUUUUCUGUCCUCGCUGCGUGAAUGUCUCAGCACUUACGAUGCUGAUCAGUGUUCAGGAAUCCAGCAGAACUUGAGUCGAAUAGCACAAGAUCAGACCCGUCUACAAGAGGUUCACUCGGGCUUUGAGAGGCUUCUACAUGAGAGCGACGCUUUCCAGUUCAUUAAGGAGUACAAUUCAUCCAUAAAAAGGUACCGGCGGCUGCUGAGAAAGCCUCUGUUUUUCCCUGAUGAGCCCACAGUCGACACAGAGCCACUGUAUGAAACUAUGGAGGGAAAGAUGGGCGAGUUCAUUGCUGAGUUGCGACAGCAUGCCAAUACACUCAUCAGCACCAUCUGUGAAUUUGACGGGGGAGAUGCUGAGGAGGAGGUGGAAGAUGAUGACGAUGAUGAAGACGAUGAUGAAGAAAGUUUGGAUGAUGACAAUGAGGAGGAGGAGGGUGAGGAGGAGAUGAGGAGUGAGGAAGAGGAGGAGCAGAACCUCACUGAUUCUGGAGAUGAAGAAUAUACACCGGAGGAGGAAGAAGAGGAUGAGGAGGACUAGCAGAAGAGGAUCUGCACUUGAGUUCCCCAAGCCAAAGUCUCAAAUGAGCCGCCGUCUCCUGUGGUCUUGCAUAUAGAGUUCAUGAUGCAGUGGACUUGCA